AUGGCGGAUUUCGCGUUUACUCGCCAGGAUGAGACCAAUAUCACCACAGGCACGACCAAAAUCGUCCCAUUGACAUGUCAUGGCCAUUCACGACCAAUCACACAUGUCUCAUUCUCCUCCCUCUUGGCAAGCUCCGGAUCAGCAUCUCAAUUCUACCUUAUCUCGGCGUGCAAGGACAACAACCCAAUGCUCCGUGACGGCCUCACUGGUGACUGGAUUGGAACAUUCAUUGGCCACAAAGGCGCAGUAUGGAGUGCCAGACUCUCAGACGACGCUACUCUAGCAGCCACUGGAUCUGCCGAUUUCUCAGCCAAGGUCUGGGAUACGUUCACCGGCGAAGUUCUACACACCUUACAGCAUAACCACAUCGUCAGAGCCGUGGCGUUUCCACCCCAAGAGAGACCACAAGUCCUGGCUACGGGCGGCAUGGAGAAGAAGCUGCGUAUCUUUGAUCUUUCACGAACCGUGCAAACUCCUGGCGAAAGCACCACCAACGGCCUCAACGGCAACGCAGAAGCACCACCAUCAUUCGAGAUCGGCGCCGGCGAGCAUCAGGGUGCGAUUAAGAGCAUCAUCUGGACCCGCGACCCCAACAUUGUCAUCACCGCCGCCGACGACAAGAAGAUCCGCUGGUGGGACCUGCGCGCAAGAUCCUGCAUCGCGACCUACGAAAUCGAAGGCCUCCCCGGAUCCUGCGAGCUCAACACCGGCAUGCCUGGCCACCCCGAAGGCAUCGUGAGCGUGGCAGCCGGCAAAAACAUCUAUUUCUUCGAAGGCGGUCGAUCAGGCCAACUGAUAAAACACAUCAAAACCGACCGCGACGUCGCGAGCGUCGCCCUCAACGGAGAAGCCAAGCGUUUCGUAACCGGCUGUCCCAACGACACCUUCGUCCGCCUCUGGGACUUUGACAACGAGCGCGAACUCGAGACCGGCAGGGGUCAUCACGGCCCUGUGUGGACGACAUGCUUCAGUCCCGACGGCAAGCUGUACGCCACAGGCAGCGAAGACGGGACCGUCAAGCUGUGGAAGUUCACCGACGGGCCGUACGGUCUUUGGCGGUGA